CACGGAGAGCAGCAGGGUCUGCGAAUCACAACAGAAGUGAACUUCGCAGCCUCUUCACGGCCCUGCUUUGUUAUUCGCUGUAUUUUAUACCUGGAGCGGACAUGUCACGGAAAGCCAAAGAAGAAUACUACCGGUUCUUUACCGUCAGCGAGCCACGAACGCACGAGAAGGGGCACACCGAGUACAAAGUGACAGCAAGGUUUGUGUCUAAGCGUCAUCCGGAAGAUGUGAAGGAGGUGGUGGUGUGGAGGAGGUUUACUGAGCUGAAGAAGCUGCAUGGAGAGUUGGCUUACACACACAAGAAUCUGUUCAGGAGAGAGGAGGAGUUUCCAUCUUUUCCCCGAGCACAACUCUUUGGAAGGUUUGAUGAAGCUGUGAUUGAAGAAAGGAGGAAAGCAGCUGAGACGAUGCUCUUGUUUACUACUGGUAUCCCUGCACUGUAUAACAGCCCACAGCUGAAAGACUUCUUCAGAGGUGGAGAGGUCACAAGGCCCCUGGAUCCCUCCCCCCUGUCCUCUGCCGGCCCUCUGCCUCCCCCUCUCAUCCCGCUCCCGAAGCGGAGGGCCUCAGACUGCGAGCCUGCCGAAGAGGAGGUGGGAAAAGAGGCUCCCAUCUUAACUCAAGACCUGGGCAAUAACCUCGGCUUAGAAGUGGGGGAACCGGAGGUGGCGGUCGAGGCCUACAGCGAGAUCGGAGGAUCUCCAAGAGAGGAAGAGCGAGAGGAAGAGCGAGAGGAAGAGCGAGAGGAAGAGCGAGAGGAAGAGCGAGAUGAGCUCAGCGAUAUUGAACCGGACGACCGAGUUCCAAGUCUCGACUCGUCUCCAGCCAAGACGUACCAAUCACAAGAAACCCAGGAGGAAUUUGACUCCCUGUUUGACUCUGUGGCUGAAGAGCACGUCCCAUCGCCUAAGAAAGACGGUCCUCCUCCGCUGUCUGACAAUGAUAUGGCUGCAUUCGAUCCCUGCUACAAAGAAGAAAUAUCAAAUACCUCCACUGAUCACUCAGAGUUGCUCUCACUGCCAAUCGCCGGUCUGGACGGCGUGGAGGGAGGUUACUUGAAUCAAGCCGCCAGUGAGCUGACGGCCGCCAUGGAGCGGGAGAAGGAGGGAGAAUUCAGCGCCGCCAUCCGUGGAUACAGGACGGCGGUGGAUAUUCUGAUCACGGGAGUGCAGGGAGAUCCAGACCCCGUACGCAAGGAGUCCGUGAUGAGACGGACGGCGCAGUACCUGAAGCACGCCGAGAUGUUGGUGGACCAACACUCCUCACCCGGUCACACUCACACACCCACACACCAGCACGCGCAGGACCCGUAGACACACACACACACACAUGCCUGUAACGUGACAGUGUUCACACAUGAGGACCGAUCAACGAUGAACAUGCUCAGGGUUGUGCCGUCAACACACACUCUCUCCAAAAGGCACCGUUAAAAUACGAGAGCACACUUUCACAUUUGGUUGUUUGGAGCACAGCAUUCCCAAAUAUGAAGUAGAACGACGUAUAUUAUACACGGUACGCACGUAAAUAUGGAGUCCUGAAGCCUGAUCCUGAAGCUGCCUUUGGAAAUGUACAAAAUAUGAAGUAAUUUAUUGGAUCUCUGUUUGUAUUUGUCAUCUCUUUACAAUGUUUGCCUCUACAAUGUGUGUAUAUUCA